AUGUUGCAAAAUGCCUCCCAGAGCCAGCAGUAUGAGUGUGUGGCAAUAGCAGGUGGGGGGCGGGGACAGCGUCCUCGGUCCCCGGCGAGCUCCCGCAGCGCGGCGUGGGGAGGCGGGACCGCGCAGGGCGUGGCCGGCAGGUGGCGCCCGCGCCCCGCGCCGGAGCAUCGGUCUCCCCUCCCCCGCGCUGUCGCCGCCUCUGGUGCAGCCACGCUGGCCCCUGCCCGGCGGCGGUUCUGUCUGCAAAAUGGGCCCUGUGCGUUCGGGCUCGGACGACGUCUUUAUAGAAUGUCUCCUGUGUCCCGCAGCUGCGUGAGCGGCGUCUCGGCCCUGGGCGCCCUGGGGCUGCACACAGACCUGGGGCCCGGCCCUGGCUCCAGGGGGCGGCCGAAGAAUCACACCCGGCUCGCGGCUGGCCCGCGGCUGGCCCUGACUUCCGUGUCAAGUGGCUUAGGACUCUCGGCUUCGGGCUGUCCCCGCGGCCCGUUUGGGUCCGCUCUCUGCUGCGGCCCGGGCCAGCGCGCGUCCCGCCUAGGCGCCACGCCACCUAUUGCUUCUGCCCACGUUCUCCGCGGCCGAGCCACGGUCGUGGGACUGUCCAGCGUGGGGUUCCUGCAGGACCGACUCCAGCGCCUGUGGUCUCUCCUGGGGUGACCCGCCUCUGCUUCCAGCCUCGAGUUCCACCCCUUCCUGACCCCUUUGGCUCGAGUUGGGGUGACAGGGCCAGGGGACCGGGGGCAGCGGUAGAGGCCGGGCUGCUUCCCGGUUAGGAGCUAGGGGCCGCGGACCCCUGGGUUGCAGGGCUCUAGUCCCAGGGGAGCAGGGAGCCCCCUCCUGGACGCCAUGGGCACUGCUGCCCCCCAUGGCAGGCUCUGGUGGGGACGCUGCAGCCCUUCUGCUGUCCUGGAAACCGUGCCAAGCAGGCAGUGAGGGCGGGCGGGUUUGAGAAGCACCGCCGAGCUCAGCAGCAGCCUUUCCAUACUGUUAUUAAAUAACUCCAGGUAUUUAAGAAUGAAAUGAGGCCGGGCGCAGUGUCUCACGCCUGUAACUGAAGCACUUCAGAAGGCCGAGGCGGGAGGAUCGCUUGAAGCCAGGGGUUGGAAACCAGCCUGGGCAACAUAGGCUCUGUCUCUACAGAAAAUAAAGAAAAUUAGCCAGGUGUCGUGGCUCACGCCUGUAGUCUCAACUACUCAAGAGGCUGAAGUGGGAGGAUCAUUUGAGCCUGGGAGUUUGAGGUUGCUGUGAACUUUGAUGACACCAAUGUGCUCCAGCCCAAUAACCCUGUCUCAAAAAAAGACAAUAAACAAAAAAAAAAAA